AUGUUUGUCAGAAAUUUGUUGCAGUGUAACUACGUUGGAUUGGUGAAGUGUUUUAUCAACAUUCUCGAUGAAUGGGCUUGGACUUUGUACGAGCUGAAGGACAACGUUGUUACAAUUACGUCGGAGCAAUGUGUUCACCUUAAGGAACUCGACAAAAUCACGCCGACAAUAUGGUUGGUCAGACAGGCAAGCGCAGCUGCUCGUCUUCCACCUGACGGAUUCUGUAUUCAGAUGGUGAUUAGCACAGAGGAGUCAUUUGCAAGAUCCAUUAAGGGAACAGAUGAACCACUUGAAGACCACAAUUCACACGAUGCAGCACAAGAUUCUAAAGUAAGAGGUCGUGGAUAG